AUGCAGACACCAAAGACAAGAAGUGGGUCCUCUGAAAUAACUCAGAAGGUGUCUCCGCGUGCCGUGCGCCAACUCAAGCCUACUACUGUGGACAUUGAGUCUGUAUCUUCUUCAAGUCAAGCUACUAAACCAUCAAAAGAGAGAAGCCCCAAAGUCACUGAUCGCAGAUCACCCAGAAGCCCAGUUGUUGAGAGGAAGCGCCCCAGCAAAAUAUCUGAGUUGGAAUCUCAAAUUUCUCAACUCCAAAUUGAUUUGAAGAAGGUGAUGGAUCAGCUUGUUUUGUCUGAAUCAAGCAAGAAGCAAGCGCAGCAAGAUGCCCUGGAGUCCAAGGAGCAACUAUUAGCACUAUCUACAAAAUUUGAAGAGUCACAAAAACACGUUCUGGAUCUUUGUGCUGCUGGAGAAGCUCGUAUUCUUGAGCUACAGAAAAUUAUAGAUGAGCGUGAUAUGGCAUGCCAAUCUGAACUUGAGGCCUCCAAAAAGCAGCUCUCUGUUGAGUCUGCUGCCUUGGCCACUGCAAUGAAUGAAAUUCAGAUGCUCAAGGCCGAACUUGAAUUGGUAGCUAAUUGUGAGAGUCUGCAAUCUCAACAAGCAGAAUCAGCAGACAUGGAGCUACUAAAACUGAAGCAGAACUUGGCUGAAACUCUUUCUCUUGUGGACAUCAUGAAAAACCAACUUAGGGAUUGCAAAGAAUCAGAAGCUCAGGCCCAAGCAUUGGUCAAUGAAACCAUGUUGGAACUUGAGGCUGCAAAAAGAACUGUUGAGCUCCUAAGGGAUGAUGUUGCAAAAGCUGUUGAUGGCUACAACACUAUAGCUUUGGAGUUAGACCAAUCUAAAGCACGGGUGAACUCACUAGAUGCACUUGUUUGCAUACGUGAGACGGAUCCCAUCAGUAACAAAUUUGAACACCAACCUGAAAUAUUGAAAGAGGGAGAGGAUCCUAAUCAUCUAGAAGCUGAAGUUGUUUCUUUGAAGUCCGAGGUUGGACGCCUGCGAUCUGCUAUGGAGACUGCUGAGACUAAAUACCAAGAAGAACAUAUUCAAAGCACGGUGCAGAUCAGGAGUGCCUAUGAGCUGGUGGAGCAGAUAAAAUCUGAAUCUAGAAAGAGGGAAUGUGAGCUAGAGGCUGAGUUAAAAAGGAAGAAAGCUGACAUUGAAGAGUUGAAGGCCAACCUAAUGGAUAAGGAAACUGAGUUGCAAGGCAUUGUGGAGGAGAAUGAGGACUUGAACCUCAAACUUCAAGAGAGCAUUUCAUCCAAAAAUGAGCAUGUACUCAAAAGGGAAACUAAAAGACUAGAAGAAUGUGUGGCUGAACUGAAGGCAGAUAUGAUGGACAAAGAGACAACACUGCAAAGCAUAUCUGAGGAGAAUGAAAUGCUGAAGAUGGAAAUCAACAAGCUUUCAGAUGGUAGCAAAGUGAGUGAGGAAGUUGCAGCUGAGAUAGAGGGAGCUAAGGCUGGGGAACGCGAGGCUCUCAUGAAACUUGGAAUUGUGAUGGAGGAAGCAGAUAGCAGCAACAUGAAGGCUGCAAGAGUGGCUGAGCAGCUAGAAGCAGCACAGGCAGCAAAUAUAGAGAUGGAAGCAGAGCUUCGAAGACUGAAGGUGCAAUCUGAUCAGUGGAGGAAGGCUGCAGAGGCAGCUGCUGCUAUGCUUUCAUCAGGAAACAAUGGGAAACUCACAGAACGGACUGUUUCUUUGGAUAACAACUAUAAGUGCUCACCCUAUGCCCAAGACAUUGAUGAUGACUUCCAGAGAAAGAAAAAUGGAAACAUGCUGAAGAAGUUUGGGGUCUUAUGGAAGAAACCUCAAAAGUAG